AUGGAGUCGGGUAAGGUAAAGUUGCAGUCUAGAAUAGCCAAGUAUUUCCUCAAAUGAGCUCCUCAAAUCUAAUUCGUUGUAAUUUUUGACGAAACGGACUAUAACUGUUCAAAUAACUUUAUUUUUUUCAGUCAUAUCAACCUCCCAAGGCAUUGAUGUUGUGAUUUACGGCCUGACCUUGUCCUCCAUUCUCAUCACUUCCAAUUUGCUGCUCAUUUUGCUGACUGUUUGCGGGAAAAGUAAGAAAAAUGCGAAGAAAAAUAAGAAACACAAGAAGAAGAGUAAAAACAGGAAGAAGAGCAAGAGCCAUUCCAAAUCCAAGCAAGGAAAGCCUGGACUUUAUCCGACUCCGUUGGUAGGUUACAGAAAAAAUGUUACAGUAACCUCAAAUAAUGACUUCAAUUUCCAGGAUGAAAAAUUCGGAAUUCCCGGCGAAGAGCAACGCGCUGUGUCUCCAAUCAAGGCCGCCCAGCCUCAGCCGGAGCCAGCAGAGGCUUCAACUCCACCACGUGUGAAGCCGGUAGAGAAGUCGAAAGAGACGCCGCUAAAACCGCCCGGCGAACAGCCAAAAGCCGAGGAAAAGGUGGAGAAGAAAGAGCCUGAGGUGGAAAAGGAGGAAGAUGUGGGUCUACAGCGACAUAUCUUUUGUCUUGCCAUGUCUGAUCAAUCCAUUUCACCAAUUUCUUUCAGAAGGUCUCCAGCGCCGAUAAGCCCGCCGAAAAGAACGCCGAAGACAAUAAAAAGAAGUCGAGUUCCGAAAAAGAAUCCAAGAAGGCAACUACAGAGACCAAGACCACCAAAACCAGCUCAACAGAUGUAAAACUGAGUGAAGAAAAAACUAAAAAAUUGACGGAUCCAAAAUUGUUCGAAUAUGAAGACGAAGAACUCAAGGAAGAUGAAGAAGAAGAGACCUCGGAGGAACAGAAGAUGGUGAGCAGACAAAAAAGACAAGCGGUCACUCCAUCGGUGGCACCAAGUGGAGAUACGACCAAUGUUUCCACAGACUACGAUUAUGAUCAAUGCCCGGACAUGACGCCGGAAGCGUUUAUUCAGGUCGAAAAGUUUUUGACAGAGCAUUAUUAUUGA